AUGGGACUUCCUCUGCUUCUAAGAUGGCUCGCCGUCACCGUCCUGCUGCCAGUCUGCCUGUGCACCCCCCCGAACGGGGCACGGGAACGGCCCUGCACCCCUAGUUGCCGGUGCGACGGCAAAAUCAUCUACUGCGAGUCCAGCGCCUUCCGCGACGUGCCCCACAACGUAUCGGUGGGCACCCAGGGCCUCUCGCUACGCUACAACAGCCUGGCCGGCCUGCGGGCCAGCCAAUUCGCCGGGCUCAACCAGCUGGUCUGGCUGUACCUCGACCACAACUACAUCAGCGAGGUGGACAGCCAGGCCUUCCACGGGGUCCGCAGGCUCAAGGAGCUCAUCCUCAACUCCAACAAGAUCACCGUGCUCCAGAACGACACGUUCAACGACAUCCCCAACCUCCGCAACCUCGACCUCUCGUACAACAAGCUGCAGGCGCUGCAGCCGGGGCAGUUCCAGGGCCUCCGCAAGCUGCUGAGCCUCCACCUGAGGUCCAACUCCUUGAAGACGGUGCCCAUGCGCGUCUUCCUGGACUGCCGUAACCUGGAGUUCCUGGACAUCGGCUACAACCGGUUGAGGAGUCUGACGCGCAACGCCUUCGCCGGCCUGCUGAAGCUGAUCGAGCUCCACCUGGAGCACAAUCAGUUCUCCAAGAUCAACUUCGCCCACUUCCCCCGCCUGACCAACCUCAGAGCACUCUACCUGCAGUGGAACCGCAUCAAGUCCAUCACCCAGGGCCUGCCCUGGAUGUGGACCUCGCUGCACAAGCUGGACCUGUCGGGGAACGAGCUGCAGGAGCUGGAGACCAGCACGUACCAGUGCCUGCCCAACCUGCAGACCCUCAACCUGGACUCCAACAAGCUGAGCAACGUGUCCCAGCAGGUGGUCAACGCCUGGAUCUCUCUCACCACCAUCAGCCUGGCGGGCAACGUGUGGUUCUGCAACCCCAGCAUCUGCCCCCUGGUGGCCUGGCUGCGCACCUUCAAGGGCAACAAGGAGUCGGCCAUGAUCUGCUCCGGCCCCAAGGAGGUCCAAGGGGAGAAGGCCGACGACGUGGUAGCGGCGGCCAAAACGUGCCGACCCACCGUCGCACCCAUGACGACCAGGCCGACCACCACCGCCGCCGCCGCUACGUCCACCACCGGCGCCAGCACCACGGACCCCACCUCCGUCACCGCGACCUCCACGGACACCACAGACUUCACGGACGCCAGCAGCAGCACCACGCCGGCCCAGGCCCAGCCCUCCGUCGCCCCUUCCCCCUCCGGGCCGGACGAACGGUCGACGUGGAACAAGGCAGCGUCCCCCGUGCCCUCUCCCACGGGGGGGUCCCCGACGGCACCCCCACCGCCGCCGCCGCCAGACACGGAGUACGUCUCCUUUCACAAGAUUAUAGCCGGCACCGUGGCCCUGCUCUUAUCCGUGGCCAUAAUUCUCCUGGUUAUCUACGUGUCGUGGAAGCGCUACCCCAGCAGUAUCAAGCAGCUCCAGCAGCGCUCGUCGGUCACAAAGCGACAGAAGAAAGCGCGGGAGACCAAUCGCUCAGUGAGCUCCCCCCUGCAGGAGUACUACGUGGACUACAAGCCGUCCCACUCGGAGACGAUGGACGUGCUGGUGAACGGGACUGGGCCCUACACGUACACCAUCUCGGGGUCCAGGGAGUGUGAGGUAUGA